AUGGCAGUCAUCACCGCCGCCCAGCUGCGCGCGCACAGCACGCGCGAAGACUUGUGGCUCGCCGUCCACGGCCAAGUCUACAACCUCACCGCCUUCGCCGUGGACCACCCGGGCGGCAUCGACGUGCUGGUCGAAACCGCCGGCACCGACGCCACCGAGACGUACGACUACGCCGGCCACAGCGAAGGCGCCUUGCAGACCAUGCAGGCCUACGCCGUCGGCCCGCUCGAAGGAUCUGAGCCGGGAAAAAAGGGACGCGGCUCGUCCAUCGCCGCGGCGGCAAUGUCGUCGAUGCCAUCGCUGUCCGCGCGGACGAAAGGCUCGUUGCAGAGCGCCUUGUCCCCGGGGUGGGCGCUGGUGGUCGUGUUGCCGCUGCUGGGCAUGGCGGCGCUGCUGGUGGGCUUGUCGAGCAGGGAGCGGGGGGAAGUGGCCGAGGAUGAGGGAAUGCAGGUCGGCGGCAUUGGAUCGGUUACGUCUUUCUUGACUGGCUUGGGUCUGGCGUCGUCGGUGAGCGUCGCUGGAUUGAUGGUGGUGUAUUCGCGGUUCCACGAGACGCUGAAGAUGGAGAAGGAGGUAUUCGCCUAUCCGCCGACGAUUCCGCGGAGAGUGCCGAGGUCGAUGAUUGAUGCGUAG